AUGUCAUCAGCACCAACUUCAAACCACCACCAGUCCUGGAUUUCUAAGAUAUGGAACAGACAAGCGUCUGUUUCAAAUUCGCCACAUUCGACGCCAAUGGCUGGCUCUUCCUCAGACGCCUCAAUGCAUUCACAGGCCAGUCCUGAGUACGUGCACUCACUCUUGCAUUCGCCUAAUGGAUCGUUUCAAGAAAGAAGAACUUCAGCACCCUCUGUGAUCAGCCACCAAAGAAGCCCGGCAUCUGUGGUGUUCGAUUCGUGUAAAUGUUGUGGCACAGUCAUAAAAUAUCCUGCCGAUGUUUCCAAAGUUCGCUGUUUGGUUUGCCACACCCACACAACCAUAAAUGAAGAUUCAAGCUCCCCACGCGCUAAGAGAGAGAACACAGAUGUGGUUCCGAAGCAAAAGACAGAAUCUGACACGGUGGAAAGCUCGUUGGAAAAGCCUGCAUCAUCAACUGUACGGCCGAAAGCCAAGCCAGAUAUCUUGUCGUAUCAACACCUCAAACAAGUCAUUUCUAAAUGUUCCGCUAAAAAGAGCCCCGAUAAGCAUGAAAACAACCCUCAUACUUUAUUCAAACCACUAGAAGACGUUCUUCUCGAUUCAUUCUCUUCUUACGAGUGCUUGAAUAGCUCUUUCAAACUUUCUUCCCAAGAACCUCCAAACCAUCGCUCCCCAAACCUUAACUUCAACGAGAUAAAGAAGUCAUAUGCAUUAUUACUACGCCUACCUACAAAACGCCCUUUCUUCAAGCUACUUUUGGGAGCCAUCCAACUACUAAGACACCCUCCAGUCAUGAAAGAUCCUUCAGAUAUCAAUUGGCUACUCAUUUUAUUAGAAAUUCCUAUUCUACAAGACUGUCUGAUUAGCGGAAUGGAUACAUGUACCGAUAUCUUGGCCCCAAACCUCAGAGCCUCGUGUUACGAGGUGUUGAAACGUGCUAUUGGAUUGCUCUCAUACGCAGACAGAAAGAUCACCAACAGACUCACCUACUGGUGGUCCAGACUUCCUCACGAAGAGUUUAUCAAGAAAAUCGAUUUCUUGAACCUGUACAUCACUUUCCAACUCACUAGAUGCAUCAAUUAUGAGCUUUACAACUCCAUCAUACAACCAGGUUCAUAUUUGAACACCUCCAUGAAUGACGACAUCAAUUACAAAGAAAAUUUAAAUGCCCAUUUCAUCAGACCAACUUCAAAAAGUUCUGACUUUGGUCUUUUCAUUGGUAUCCCUGUCUAUAUCUCCUCUGGACGUAGACGUCCAAACGACAUGUCUUCGAGUUCAACUUUUUGGGCAAAUAAGAAAGAUAACCAGGAGCACGAAGUGAAGAUCCGGCUGCAACAGUAUGGAGAUGACUGGCAUCUGCGUACUGCUGGACGUCUUGUUUCAUUCCUCUUCAUUGCUAAUAAGAAGAACAAGAAGGUGAGUGAUGCCGUUUUCUACAACAAUCUUGUUGAUUAUGUCAAUGUAAAGCAGGAUUUUGACGCAUGGCAGUUCAAUGCCUCCACCAAGAAGCAUCAGCAAGACACAGAAAAUAAGGAUUCUUUACAAUUGGUGGUGGAUUAUUUGCAAGCAGAAACCAAGGCCUCGUAUCUUGGUCUUUCAAAUACUAACGGCACAUUGAAGAAGUCAUCGUUCACGUUUUGCCAAUUUCCGUUCUUACUUUCGUUAGCUGCCAAGAUCUCAAUUCUAGAGCAUGAAGCUAAGCGAAUGAUGGAACGGAAAGCCGAGGAAGCGUUCAUUCAGUCUCUGAACAAGAAAAUGCCGUUUGAUGUUUAUUUCAAAAUCCGUGUCAGACGGAAUUACAUCACUACCGAUUCUCUAAGAAGCAUCAAGGCCCACCAAGCGGAUUUCAAGAAACUUCUGAGAGUUGAGUUUGUUGACGAGCCUGGAAUUGAUGCCGGUGGGCUGAAGAAAGAGUGGUUUCUUUUGUUGACAAAAGACCUUUUUAAUGCAGACAAAGGUCUUUUCUCGUACGACGAGACCUCUCAAUUUGGCUGGUUUGCUAUUUCUUCCAUCGACAAUGACGAGCUGUACUACUUGGUUGGAGUUGUUCUUGGGUUGGCAAUCUACAACUCGACGAUUCUUGAUCUGCGACUUCCAAAGGCUCUGUACAAGAAGCUGAUGGGACAGAAAGUCACCUUGAACGAUUACAUCCAGUUGAAUCCUGACGUGGGUCACAAUUUUAAGAGACUUAUGAAGUUGGAAAGCGUCGAUGAUCUUGAAUUAUAUUUUGAUGUGUCUUACGCAGAUAUAUUUGGUGAAAUGCACUUCGCCGAGCUUGUUGAGAAUGGGUCACAGAUCAAGGUGACCAACGAUAACAAGUACGAGUACGUGGAAAAGUACGUUUCGUUUUUCCUCAAUGAUUUGGUGAAGGCGCCAUUUGAAUCGUUCCGGAACGGGUUCCAGCACGUUAUUGGAGGAAAUGCUCUUUCGUUGUUCACUCCUGAGGAGAUCGAGCUGAUUCUCAUUGGAGAGGACUACAGAGACCAGAAGAUUGACUCAAAUAUCCUCAAGUCGGUGACCAAGUACAACGGGUUCAGCAACACGGACGACGUGGUGACGUGGUUCUGGGAGCAUUUCGAAGACCAAACGUCUGCAGACCAGCGCAAGAUACUUCUAUUUAUUACAGGGUCGGACCGGUUGCCGGCGACCGGAUUACCCUCGAUGACGUUCAAGAUCACGAAGCUUGUGGACAAGGAUCUGACUCGACUGCCGAUCGCUCACACGUGUUUCAACGAGCUGUGUCUCUACAACUAUCCUACCAGGGAGAUUUUUGCAAACAAGCUACACAUGGCUAUCUAUUACAGUGAAGGGUUUGGCUUGAGAUAG